AUGUGGACAUUCUCAGACAGAGUUGUGAAUUAUUUAUUGACGAUCGAUUUAACUUCGUCUACAUGUGAUCUGGAGAUAAAUGAAUAUUUAUUAGGUUUAAGUAAUAAAGAAAAGUGGUCGGCAAUGAUGAUUGAUUCAACGACCAAACUUCAAACUGGUUUAUUUUCUGGAAAUCUGAUAGAUUUUGGACAAUAUGAUCAAUGUUUGGCAAUAAAUCAUCAAUCUAAAACACAAGGUGUAAUUAGAGGAAAGCAUUGUAUGGUUUAUGCGAUUACUCAAAAUUUUGAGCAGACUGAGCAUAGAUUAUAUACAGGCAUUGCAAGUGGACUCGGAGAAACAGAAUUGGCUAUAGGAUUUGGUAUUUGCUUACCAUCUUCAUGUAGUGGAAAACAAAUUCGUGAUCAUUUGCAAAAUGUUGUUCGACAAAUGAACGCUACAAUUGCCAAUUAUGAUCCUGAAAUUGUGUGCAAUUCUCUGGAAUCCAUAGAAUUAGACCAUCUUGAUGCAUUUGUGAUAUUCUUUUUUGGGAUUGUUGUCAUCAUAAUUAUUUUAAGCACCUCUUACGACACAUUUGUUAAGCAAGCUCUGAAAGAUAAUGGUACAAAUGUUAUUGAUCCAAAACUGGAUUCGGAUCUUAGGACAUGGUUUGUAGCUUUUAGUUUACGAAGUAAUUGCAAACAAGUUUUCAAUAACACCAGGAAAAGUGAUGUUAAAUGUCUUCAUGGAUUACGAGUUCUAUGUUUAGUAUGGGUGUUAGUUGGUCAUAGGUAUAUGUUGACAUCUAUGUUCCCUGUGGGAAAUUCUACUAUAUUUAAAUCGUGGUUGACGCAGUAUCGAAGUACAUUAAUCACUGGAGGUUCAGUAGCAGUAGACACUUUCUUUAUCCUCAGUGGAUUCUUACUUACAUAUUUAAGUUUCAAGCAAAUGGAAAAAACUAAAGGAAGAAUAAACUUUUUUCAAUACUACGUCCAUCGAUAUUUGCGAUUAACACCACCGGUUGCAGCUUUGGUACUAUUUCACUGCUCUUUUUUCUUUAGAUUGUUGGGAGGACCAUUUGCAAAUAGUGAAGUUGCCAAGAAAGAAUUAAGGGAUGAUUGCAUUUUGUAUUGGUGGACACCGUUGUUGUAUAUACAGAAUUAUUUUAAUACCAAUAAUAUGUGUAUAACACAAGCUUGGUACUUAUCAGUAGACAUGCAGUUCUAUGUAAUUGCUCCUCUCCUAAUAAUUCCAUUAUUCAAAUGGCCAAAACCAACAUUGGCCUUUAUAGGAGCCAUGUCUUUGGUAACCAUUGGUGUCAACUUCUAUUUGACUUAUGUAAAUGAUUUUUCUGGUGGACUAAUGAAUCUAAGUAUCGGCAGAGACCAAAUGACAACGAUUUAUUUUCCAGCCCAUACAAGAUAUGCACCAUGGUUGUUUGGAAUAGUACUAGGAUAUAUUAUGCAUAAAACUAGAGAUAAAGAAAUUAAAAUUAAUAAGUUACUGAAUUUGAUCAUUUGGGCAGUGGUUCUUGUAUUUAUGGUGGCAGUGGUUGUUGGAGCUUAUCGUUUCUACAGAUUUGAUUGGGAAAACGAUGUCAUGCUCUCAAGUUUCUACCAGGCUCUGCACAGACAAGCCUGGUCUUUGCUGAUUUGUUGGAUCAUUUUUGCUGGACAUAAUGGAUAUGGAGGUCCAAUUAACUGGAUUCUAUCCUGGGGUUUUUGGCAACCUAUUGCCCGAUUGUCAUACUGCAUAUAUUUAUGGCAUUACCAGAUGCAAACUGCCAGAACUGUAUCUAGAAAAACUCCAAUGUACUUUUCGGAAUUUGAAUUGUUGGCAUAUUUUUUGGGCGAUGUUUGUCUUUCAUCAGUGGUAGCCUUAGUAUGGAGUUUAGCAUUUGAAUCGCCCAUUCCAACUUUGGAGAAAGUCUUAUUUGGCGGAGGUAGAAGCCCUCCGAAAAAACAUAAUGAAAAUACUCAAAUACUACGAAAUGGAGAUGCUGAACACGGAUUAAAGGAGGAGCCUAAAGAAAUAUCUGAAGAAAUUCCUGCUAAAGAGUUGUUAGGUGAAGAUAAUGAAGGAUUUUACAAAGAUGAAGAAGAAAAACAAGUAACGGAUUUGUAA